UACUCAUGGGUAGCACUCAUUGGAAUACCAUAAACCUCAAAACUGAUAUAUAAACCCCUGAAAACCGCCUCCAUGCUUACGCUCCGGCAGCCCUUCUCCUCCAACUUCCACCGCCUUCUCCGUCAUACAAUAUCCUCCAUUGCUGCUUCAUCUUCACCUCCACUGACCCACGAUCCUCUUAUCACUAUCCCCAAAUCAUACAAAUUCACCCCUCCAAUCAAACCUUGGCCUAAAAACCUCUCCCCAAAACGUCUUAUUUCCAUCAUUAACCGUCAACAAAACCUCGAUCUUGCCCUCCAAAUCUUCCACUUCGCCGGAAAAUUCCAUAACAAUUUUACCCAUAACUACAAUACCUACCUUUCCAUCAUCACCCGCCUCGCACGUGCUCGACAAUUUCACCAUUGCGAAGCCCUUUUAGAUGAGCUCCAUGGAAACUCCCUUAUCAAAUGUGGGGAAAUACUCUUCGUAACUCUAAUUCGAAAUUAUGGUCUUGCUAAUCGUCCUAAAGAUGCUGUACGUAUAUUUUUAAGAAUUCCUGAUUUUGGGGUGAAUCGGUCAGUUCGUAGUUUGAAUUGUUUAUUGAAUGCUCUUGUUCAGAAUAAUAAAUUUAAUUGGGUUUAUUUGAUGUUUAAGAAUUCUAGGGUUAAAUUUAAUGUUAUUCCUAAUAUUUUUACAUGUAAUAUACUUGUUAAAGCACUUUGUAAGAAGGGUGAUAUUCAAGGUGCGAUUAAAUUGUUGGAUGAUAUGCCUGGUAUGGGAUUGAUUCCUAAUGUUGUUACUUAUACUACGCUUUUAAGUGGGUAUGUUGCGAAAGGGGAUUUAAUAGGUGCUAAGAACGUUUUUCAAAUGAUUUUGGAUAAAGGGUGGGUGCCUGAUGCAACAACUUAUACUGUUUUGAUGGAUGGGUAUUGUAAGAAAGGGAGGUUGGUCGAUGCGGUUAACGUUAUGGAUGAUAUGGAGGAGAAUGAUGUUAAGCCGAAUGAGAUUACUUAUGGGGUUAUGAUUGAGGCGUAUUGUAAGGAGAAGAAAUGUGGGGAGGCUUUGAAUUUGCUUGAUGAUAUGUUAGAGAAUAGGUAUGUGCCGAGUUCCGUUUUGUGUUGUAAGGUGAUUGAUGUUUUGUGUGAGGAAGGGAAGGUGGAAGAUGCGUGUGCGUUAUGGAGGAAGCUUUUGAAGAAGAAUGUAACACCCGAUAAUGUUGUAUCGAGUACGCUUAUUCACUGGUUGUGCAAGGAAGGGAAGCUUCAGGAGGCGAGGAAAUUGUUCGAUGAGUUUGAGAGGAGUUCAGUCCCGGGGUUGAUGACUUAUAAUAUGCUGAUCGCGGGGUUGUGUGAGGCGGGGGAGUUGUAUGAUGCUGGAAGGUUAUGGGAUGAUAUGUUGGAAAAGGGAUGUAUCCCUAAUGCUUUUACUUACAACAUGUUGAUUAAAGGGUUCUGUAAAAUUGGGAAUCCUAAAGAGGGGAUGAGGGUUUUGGAUGAGAUGUUUGACAAAGGAUGUUUGCCUAAUGAUGCUACUCAUAAAAUAUUGAUUGAGGGGCUCUCUCGUUCAAAAUUGGACUCUGAAAUUAUGAACUUACUCUCCAUUGUGGCUAAUAGGCGAGGAAAAAUCGAUGCGAGUUUGUGGGAAGUCAUCCUCACUAAUGCUCUCGUUAAUGUAGAUACCGGGAAAAUUCUUGAGAGUAUAUUUCCACCGGAUGUUAGGGCAUGACUUUGUUCGGAGGAUUCCAUGUAUUGCGUUCCUUGGUGCCUCUUCCUGGCAGCUAUCAGAUACUCGAUUUAGUGUGAUUCAGAGGCUGUUGGUUUUAUUGAUGCAUUUUAUGAAUCCACAAAUAGCUCAAGAACGGAAAGAGGGGCCGAGAAAUCAGAAAGGUAUAGAAGAAUUUAGCAAACAACUGAGAAUGCUGAAGCCAUUGAUGUCCGAGUUUGGAAUUUGAUGCCAUGUAUGUGAAGAUUUCUUUUUAGGUAUUGAGCCCUUUCUAAAAUUAUGCUGAGGGUGCAGCGGAUAAGGAUGAAGCCAUGAAGUGAAGUCAUGCAUAUCUGAAUGGAGCUAGGAACCAGAAUGUUGCUACAGGAGAUAGAUUGGUGCUGUGAACCAUUGCAACUGGCAAGCAAUGGAAAAUCUCAGGUUAGAAUCGUACGAGAAACCUGGUGACUAGAUGCUAGGAAAUGAUAAUGCUGGUGCUGACUGCUGAGCAGGCUCUUUCCUGUCUUUCAAUUGACGAAAUGUGUUUCAGAAUUCAGUCUGUAGCCACGAUCAAUCCAAUUAUUUUCGGCCCCAUUUCUGUUGAGAGUAUUAUGCCCGCAUUUCUGUGCUCGAUUUAUUUAUCUUGUAUGUAGUGCUGGUUUCACCGAUUAGAAUCAUUUUCGGCCCGUUUGGUUGUUGGUAGUUAAUGUUGGAAUGAUAAUGAAAAUUUAGUGUAGUUUUAGUAGAAAAAUCACUCGAUAAGUUUAAGGUCAUAUCAUGUUUUUCAUAAAAUACAUUCAAUACAUUACUAUUUGAAAAUGUGAUAUUACGUGAUAAUGAAAAUUUGUAAACAAAAUAACACUU